UUUUUUUUCAACCUAAUUUUCUUUUUUUCUUUUUGCUCGCAAUGGAUGAUAAAAUGGAUUUUUUUGUCUUAUUUGAUGGUCAAUUUCACAUAUUCCAAGAAGUUUAUUUAUCUCUCUGAGAAAAAAAUAACUAUUAAUAAUUAACAUAAAUAACUGUCAUUAGUAUUCCUCAUUUCUUAAAGUCCCUGAAAUAGACAAUUUUAUUUAUUCAGAAAAGGACAACCUAUAUGUACAAAACUGGUAGCAACAUCUUUUAUCACGAUUCUCAAUGAUACGUUGAAAUGCUUGGCAGAAUAUGCGAGCAAUAUACCUUUAAUAAUUCUUGAUACGUUGCAAUUUAUUUUUGGUAUAGAAUAUCAUGAAAUUGAUAUAAAUGGUAAUCCUAAUAUUUUAUUUCGUGCGCAUGACAAAGAUGAAAAAGAUAAAAAUUGGGUUCGUGGACUUACUAAGAUACUCAACAAUUUAAUAAAUUACAAAAAGUAUUCGAUAUCACCGGUAUGAUAAACAAAUUUCUUUUGUAUGAGUUACCAUUUUAUCAACUAAUUUCAAAUUGUUUCUUUUUUAAGAAACAUUAUUCUAAAUAUUGGCCGAUCGCAGUGUCUCUAUUGGCUUUUUUAUGUACUUUUUACUAUUUGGAAAAAAACUAUGCACAAGUCGAAUAUAAUAUUGUGACUAAUGACCAAGUAGAUAUGUUUAAGAAACAUAAUAGUCAAUUACGUGAAAUUUUGGAUAAAAUCUACAUGAAUUUGGAGGAAAAGCAAACAGAAGAUUUUAUUGUCAACAUCGGGAUUCUCCAAGGUCACAGAGAAAAUUUUGUACCAUUUUUGAAGGAAAUAAAUGAUUCAUUAAAAGCUCAAUUAAAAGAAAUAAAUAAUAAGAAAGAUAAUGAAAUGUUUAAAGUCACCGGAAGUGCAAUUUGCACUUUAUGUUCCAUUGUUGCGACUGCAAAUCUUGAUCCAAACAGUUUGGUGCAGAAAAUUGUUGGUUCUAUUUCUGGUGGAGUACUUGGUGCUAUAACGAUACAUAAAUUUCUCAAUAUACGAAUACUCAAGAAAAUUAUUGAUGAACAUAAUGAAUUCUUGAACGGGGUACAAAAUUAUGUAGAUGAUGUUAAGUUGACCGACUCAGAAAUUCCAAUCAUUUUAUAUCAAUUUAAAACCUAUCAUGAUAAAGUCGACGAAUUUCAAACGAAAAUCGCAAAACUUAAAAAACAAUAA